AACAAAAACAAAAGUCGAGCACUUGAUAAGGAAAUCUGAAUCGCGCACUAUGAAACCUCGCCGGAAUAGCAAUAACAAUAGCAAUAAUAGCAGCGAAAUGGAUAAGUCGGUCCGCCAGUUUGGAGUAACAGCGUCCAAAAGCCAGUGAUCGACGAAGCGUGCGCUGGGAAAGAUGUCGGCGCCUCCAAAAGUAGCAACAAAACCAGCAGGAGACCCCGAAGUUUGGGACUUUUCGCAGGAUGUGGGAUCUCCAAGGGAUUCGGGAUCUGGUUCCAGGCCAACCUGCUUCAUUCUAGCCCUCGAUGUGGGCACCACCUGUGUGCGGAGCUUCGUCUUGGACGAACUAUGUGUGGUUCGGGGAUCGGCUGUGGAUGCGGUGGAGCUACUGAACCCACAGCCGGGCUAUUUCGAAAUCGAACCGGAGGGCUUGUGGCGCAAAAUUGUGAACGUUAUAACGCGGGCGGUAAAAGAUGCCAAUCUGACGCCCUUGGACAUCACCUGCCUGACCAUCUCCACGCAGCGCUGCACCUUUCUCACCUGGGACCAUCGCAGUGGCGAGUACUACCACAAUUUUAUCACCUGGAAGGAUUUGCGAGCCGAUGAGCUGGUUGAGCAGUGGAAUAACAGCUGGACGAAGAGCUCCAUGAAUUGGUUCUCAUACGCCUUGUUCCUGCUCACCCGUCAAUCAAGAUUCCUCGCUGGAAGCGUCCUUAAACUGAUGAAUGGGCAAGUAACGCCCAGGCUGCUCUUCGAGAUAAUGCACAACAAGAAGCUGAAGCAGGCUCUUAUGCAGAAAAAGGCUCGCGUGGAGCUACUGGACUCGUGGAUCCUGCACAAGCUGAGAACUGGCAGCAGUCGCGACAAGGAUGUGGAGCACAUAACCGAUGUUACCUCAAGUACGGCGACGGGAUUGUACGAUCCCUUCACGCUCAGCUGGUCGCCGCUUAUAAGUUUCCUUUUUGGCAUCAAUUCCAAAAUCCUGCCGCGUGUUGUGGACAAUGGCUACAAGGGUUUCGGGCAUGUGCAUCCUACGGCUUUGGGUCCCGAUUGGGGCAACACAAAUGUUCCCAUUGCCGCCUCUGUAAGUGACCAAACGGCAGCCAUGUGGGGAUCCCAGUGUUUCAAGAAGAACGACGUCAAGGUCACUAUGGGCACCGGAGCCUUCUUAAAUUUGGUCACGGGUGAACGUUGUCAUGCUGCCAUCUCUGGCAUGUAUCCACUGGUGGCUUGGCAAUUGGGAAGCCCAGCCAGAAAUCAGGGAGCCAUCUACUGCAUUGAGGGAGCAUCCCAUGACUUUGGCACUGUGGUAACCUGGGCGCAAUCCUGCGAACUCUUCGAGAGUCCCGCGGAUACAUCGGACAUUGCUCAGUCUGUCCCAGACACGAAUGAUGUGUUCUUCAUGCCCGCCUUCAGUGGCCUGGGGCCCCCGGUGAACGAUUAUCGGUCAGCAAGUGGCUUCAUUGGUCUUAGUCCGUCCACAACCAAGGCCCACAUGGUGAGGGCCCUGCUCGAGAGUAUAGUCUUUCGCCUGGUGCAACUAAUCGAGGCUGCAGAAAAGGAAACCUCUCAAAAGCUGCAUAUGAUUAGGGUUGAUGGUGGCGUCUCCCGCAACGACUUCGUUUGCCAGUUUCUGGCCGAUCUCAGCCAGCUAAGUGUGGAGCGGGCGAAGAACACCGAGAGCAGUAUCAUGGGCGCCACAUUUAUGGCGGGCAUUAACCAGGGAAUCUGGCGCGAUGUGGAGGAUCUCAAGUGUUUCCGGAAAGUGGAGCGGAUCUUUGAGCCGCGGCCCAAGGAGUACAACACCAUUGCAAACCGGAUGGACAAAUGGAGCCGAACAAUAGCCCGGUUCAGCGAUUGGUACUAAUUUAUAUAUGUUGCUCUUUAUUUGAUUGUACUUGUUAUUAAAUACUUAGAAGGUUAGGUAGUGGUAUA